AUGACGGUACCUACUGCGAAGCAACUGACGCUUCAAUGCCUGGAAUCGGCUGCCGCUUGCCAAAAAGCUUUCAUCAAAUUUUACAUUGCAACUUUAGAAAGUCUCGGUGAGACAUUAAAAAACAUCUGCCGACUCCUAGAACUUUUGGAACAAAAUCGCUGUAGCGCUAAUGAAUAA